AUGAAGCGGUAUAGACAGUUCAAUCUGAAACAUGACUUAACGAUUCCAGUGACGUUUGAACUUGGGGAUCAAUUUGCAGAUUUCAAUUCCUUCAAGAGGGCACUGAAGAUGCAUGCUGUGCAGAAUGGGUUUGAUUACAACUACAAGCACAAUGACAUGAGUAGGGUCAGUGCAGUAUGUAAAGCAGAGCAGUGCUCAUGGAGGAUUCAUGCCUCUACUGAUGCUACCAGGACUUGUUUUCAAAUUAAGACAUACUACCCAGUUCAUAUUUGUCGUAAUCAGUACGAAAACUCCAGAUGCGAUGUUGAGUAUCUUGUUCGUACUUAUCAAAAGGACUUCAAGGAUGAUCCAACGUGGGCACCAUAUGCAUUGAAACAGAGGGUGAAGAGAGACCUUAACAUAGAUGUUCCUAUUGAUCGUUGCUAUAGAGCAAAGAGGGAAGCAUUGAAUCAACUUUUUGGUAGUCACUCGAAGCAAUAUCGCCUCACACAGAGAUACACACUGGCAAUACUCAGCACCAAACCUGGUAGUAGUGCUUACGUACAUAGAGAUGGAGCCUUAUUUCAGAGGAUGUAUAUUUGUCUUGAUGCGUUCAAGAAGGGGUUUAGACAUGGUUGUCGGCCCAUAAUUUGUUUAGAUGCUUGUCAUCUGAAUGGGCAAUAUGGGGGGCAAUUAUUGUGUGCCAUAGGCAAGGAUGGCAACGACGACAUGUUCCCCAUUGCAAUUGAUGUGGCUGAGGCAGAGGCGACAGAUUCAUGGAAGUGGUUUAUUACCAUUUUAUUGGAGGACUUAUGCGGGCCAGAAGGCGGACUUGGUUGGACUAUAAUGUCUGAUAGACAGAAGGGGCUUGGAACUGCGGUUGAGGUUGUGUUGCCACAUGCUGAGCAUCGCUUUUGUGUUCGGCACCUACAUGCGAACCUCAAAGCGAAAGGCUACACAGGGAAAGCUAUGAAGGAUCAGUUGUGGGGGGCUGCAUAUGCAGCCAAUGUUUAUGCGUUUGACCAUCACAUGCAAAAUAUAUUGUCAAUGGAGAAAGGGGUACAUGAUUACCUUAGUGGUGUACCUAAGGCAUCAUGGUCCAGACAUGCUUUCAGUUGCCAAAUCAAAAGUGAUAUGUUAUUAAACAACUUGGCUGAGAGCUUUAAUGCGUGGAUUAAGGAAGUUAGGUCUAAGCCUAUAUUAACUAUACUUGAAGAAAUUCGUCUGCAAAUAAUGGCACGCUUCCAGCAGAAAAGGAAUGGAAUCUGGUCGACGCAUUACACCAUAUGCCCAAAGAUCCAGAAAAAAUUGGAGAGGUCAAAAAGUGAUGCAAGGAAUUGUAUUAGUCGGUGGCAGAAUGAGUUGGAGUUUGAGAUCGAGCACAUAUACGAGCCACGGCGUUUAGUCCAGUUAGAUCAUCACACAUGCACAUGUGGAAGAUGGCAGGUGAGUGGGAUCCCUUGCUCACAUGCUUGUGCUACAAUUUACAUGCAUAAACAAAAACCGGAGGAUUAUUUGGAUGAUUAUUACAAGAUGGACAAGUACAUGCAAGGAUAUGCAGUUCGAGUUUAUGGCAUGGAAGGUCCACAGACAUGGCCAGCUGAUGAUCCACGCGAUCAAAUUCUACCACCUUGCAUUAGAAGGGCUCCUGGUCGACCAAAGAUUAGUAGGUGA